AGCCGCGAGGAAGGAGGCCUUGCCGCGGUUCCCUUGCAGGCGCUGGCGGCAGAGGCGACCAAAACCCAAGCAGCGGCAGGUCAGUCUCAGAGUUUGGUGGUAGCAAAUUAUGGCAACGCUACCCCCACUGACUUCAGUACAAACAACUACUGCAUUUUACACUCAUUUUGCAGCAAGGAGCAGGGAAAAGAAAAACAAACCCUCUCUACUACCUUCUGGCCUGAGAGCCUCCGGGCAGCUGACUGGGAGCAAAUUGAGAAAAUGGAGAACAAAAUGGAUACAACAGAGGAAGAAGAGAUGCUACCGUGUGAUGGCCCCACUGUCAGAACCAGGGGAGAAUGGACCCACCCUUUGUCUCAAGACGAUGUCAGCUUCCUGCCAAACCAGGGGGCUCUUUUGCGUCCAAGGCAGAGAAUUCGGCAGCAUGAUCCUGCGCGGCCCUGGAACUCUUUGCCAGCCACUCCAGUGGGAGAACUAGAGACAGACACAACAGUCUUCUUUUCUUCCUUGACAUCGCUCCAGGCUGAGGAGUUCUUUGAUAUGGUAGCCAAGGUCCAAGCAAAGAGACUCAAUGACCAGCGUGCUGAUUUUGCAGGGGCUGAAGAAACAUGCGCUGGGAGCUCAAAGGUUGCCAAAGAGCAGCUCUAUGACACUAUCCUGGCACAUCAGAGCCAGCGUCUUGAGGACCAGCGUACUGAGCCGCCCAUCCCAGUAGGAAUUCAGGGCCUGCUGGACUUGCUGAUGAGAGCCCAAGGGACCCGGAUGGAAGAUCAGCGCUCAACUCUUCCUCCCAGUCUUUCUGCACCAUCCUUGCAAAGGAGGCAGCCCUCUUUCAUUCAUGGUGUGUAAACCCACCACCAGACCGCCCCUGCCUUUCAACAGGUGCAGUUUUAGUGACUUGGGACACUUGCCUUGAAACAUUGGAACUCUCUUGCACCUGAAUGAAUGGUAGUUGGGACUGAGGACUGUUCUUGCUGUAAUUGCAUUAGUUAAUGAAAAUGGAUACCCACUGGUUUGAGAGCAGCCAUUAUCACAUGUCUCCGCAGUAGCACUACUGGGGCUAUUUUGGCCAUCACACUCUGUUCCGCACUGUUCCUUAACCCAGCCUUCCUGCCCUGUGCCCUACCUGGUGUGCUUUUCCGUUUUUCAGGUUUUUUAAUUGUUGUUGUUGUUGUUUUUAACACAGUUUGGGAAUUAUGCUAAUGCAAUUUAAGCAAAAUAAAAAUAAAAUGAAGGAAAUCAGACUGUUUGGAAAUAGCAAGGAGGAGAGUGGAGAAGGGGAGAAGAGGAGAUGCUGACACCACAUGAUUGCUAAUAUAGAAACUGCCACAACAACAGUGUUUUGCACCUGAAGACAAAUGGAACUGCAGCACAGCUGAGAGCUUAUUGACAGGUUUCCCCCAUCAAUAAAAAGGGACACCCGACCCAUGCUUCAGAGACACAGCAGCUACAGGUUGGAGGCAAUGCUAUGCGAUAAGUGUUGCCAAAGGCACUUUUUUCUAACUAAUUGCGGUUUAAAAGCCAUGUGUAGUAAUUGCCUUAGAAAUCAAGCUCUGCUACAUCAGAAAAUGUCACACAGCAAAGGUAUCACGUGUUGUGAUAAAAACAACAACCCUGAGCAGCUGCAGUACAAAGGCAGGCUCUCUCCAAGCACAACAUCGUAAACUGCUAAUUGCUUCGUUCUGGCUAAGAUUUCCUUCUGUCCUAAAAAGUAGAUGUCUUCCGCUCAGCUACUGCCAAGAAAAGUCCAAAGCCUCUGCUGGAGGUACCAAUAGUAUAAUAUCUCUAGCAGGAACCACAAAUCUCACAAGCUAGUAUGCAGUUUGUGGAUAUUCAAAGAACCCUUCCUCAAGUGAGGGAGGGAUUAGAACAGAACAGAAAAGUCUAGCAACAGGAAAGCGAACAACAGAAACCCAGUUUGUGGUAUGUGACUACCAUUAAGAUGGUGAAAGUGAUUUGCAUUGUGGACUAAUUAAGUUAAUGUGUGCCUGAUGUUAAUGAUAUCUGCCAGAAAAUAAGUUUUAUUGGCAGAUAAUGUGGUGUUCUAACGCAGGGGUGUGCAGUGUUUAGCCCUCCAGAUUUUGGACUGUUGCAACUCCCAUCAUCCCUAGCCAGAAUAGCAUCUGUGAGAGCUGAUGGGUUUUGGACAACAUCUGGAAGGCCACAUGUUGCCUACCACUGUACUAAAGGUAAGGCUAGGACAUUUACUUGGACUUUUUAAAAACAUGAAAUUCAGCUUACUCAAAUAUGCUUGUAAAAGAAUUGUUUUAUGUGCUUCUAUUAAAAAGAAAAAAAAACAAUUAGGGAUAUUGUUUGGUUUA